UGGUGUGAGUGAGACAACCACUCUUCCUCUGGAUCCAAUUAUUGAAAUAUCUGAAGAAGCCGAGAACAAAAAGCUUUAAAAGAUUACCAAUGGAGGAAUAGUAAAAAGUAAUGGAAACCACACCACUACUCCCUCCCAGGUAUGUAAUCAACCUCAAUUCGAUCGAUUGAGAUAUACAUGUAAACAGUGUACUUGUUUGUGAUUAAACGUCUAAGUUCACGAUACAAGAAUUAUGUCCCAAUAAUAGACUCCCAAGUGUCCAUUAAGUAACCCCAUUUACGCCCCCAUAUAUCAAUCAAUCAUUUUUUUUUUUGAUGGGAAAAUGAAACCUUUUAUCAAUCAUGAUUCUAGUAGUUUAAAUCACUUCAAACCAGGGGCAGAGCUAGAAAUCUAGCUAUGGGGAGCCAAAACUUUUUCAAGGUUGACAAGAUUGCAAAAAUGGCUUUGGAUCCCAUGUUAUCAAAAAAAUGCUUGGGAGACAGCCCAGCAGGGAACACAACCCCUGCAAUGAGCUAGCUCCGCCCUGCUUCAAAACACCCAUGACGGGCUAUAAGGCGAACAUGCCACCGGAUAGUCUGUAGUGUACAACCCCAAAUCAAUGUUGGAAACCCCCUCUAGCAAUCUUGAACCCGCUUAAACCUGUGAAACAUUUCCAGUGGGUUUCCUAAUGUGGUGUACAUGGAAUUGAAGAAAUCAGAGAUUAUCCCACUUUGGGCAGGCAUGAAAUUCCCAUAAUAAAUACCAGAUGCGAUUCACAGAAGUUUGAACCGAAAGAAGUUAACCAUUGUGCUCCAGCCCAUCAUCGUGUGCAACAAUGGAGGAAAUCCAAGAAACUGCUUCCGGGAAAGAAUCUGAUCAACCAAGGAGUUAUUGGAGAUGGAGCAAAACUGAUUUCUUUCCUGAACAAUCUUUUCAGAACUGGGGCACAUACAAAACGGCAAUCACUGAAUCCGGGUCAAGAUUCAAAGAUCGUUUCCUCAACCGUUCAACCGAUUCUUUCGAGCUCAAUGUGCUGCAGAAGCAAAGUGAAAACACCUUGCACAGAUGCCUUACAUGGUGGGAUCUUAUGUGGCUCAGCUUUGGUUCUGUUGUUGGUACUGGCAUUUUUGUGCUUACUGGACAAGAAGCACAUAACCAUGCAGGUUCUGCUAUUGUUAUAUCAUAUGCGAUUUCAGGUCUCUCAGCUUUGUUAUCUGUUUUCUGUUAUACAGAAUUCGCAGUGGAAGUUCCGGUUGCUGGUGGUUCUUUUUCUUAUUUGAGGAUUGAAUUAGGAGAUUUUGUAGCUUUUAUUGCUGCAGGUAAUAUACUCUUGGAAGCUGUAGUUGGUGCUGCUGGAUUAGCUAGAUCCUGGACAUCGUACUUUGCUACAAUUAUCAAUCGUAAUCCUGAUUCUUUGCGAAUACAUAUUAGUAGCUUUGCUGAAGGUUAUAAUAUGUUAGACCCAAUUGCUGUUGUAGUGUUAUUAAUAACCAACACUAUUGCGAUGCUCGGUACAAGAGGUGCUUCGAAACUGAACUGGAUUGCAUCUCUUGUUAGUGUUGCAUUGAUUGUUUUUAUAGUAAUAGCUGGUUGCGUGAAAGGAAGUGUUGAUAAUUUAACUCCCUUUGCUCCAUAUGGAGCAGGAGGUAUUUUUCAAGCUGCAGCAGUUCUGUUUUGGGCAUACACAGGAUUUGAUAUGGUUGCAACUAUGGCAGAAGAGACUAAGAAACCUGAAAAGGAUAUACCGAUAGGGUUAAUCGGUUCCAUGUCAAUGAUCACUAUAGUUUAUUGUUUGAUGGCUUUGUCACUAAGUAUGAUGCAGAAAUAUAAUGAGAUAGAUGUGAAUGCAGCUUAUUCAGUUGCAUUUCAAAGUGUGGGCCUGAAAUGGGCAAAGUAUUUAGUUGCAGCUGGUGCUCUUAAGGGAAUGACUACUGGAUUAAUUGUAGGUGGGUUAGGGCAAGCACGUUACACCACACAGAUUGCUCGAUCCCAUAUGAUCCCACCUUGGUUUGCUUUGGUGCAUCCAAAAACAGGAACACCCAUUUAUGCAGCCUUAUUAGUAACCAUAUGUUCCGCCUGUGUGGCUUUGUUCUCAAGUUUGGAUGUACUAUCUAGUGUUUCUUCGCUCAGCACUCUAUUCAUCUUCAUGUUAAUGGCUGUUGCAUUGAUUGUUAGGCGAUAUAACGGGAGGAAUGUCUCUUCUACUCUUGAUCGCUGCAAAUUGGGUUUGUUUCUAUUCAUGAUAAUCGGUUCAUCUAUUGGAACAUCAGUUUAUUAUAGCCGUAAUGCUAAUGGAUGGAUUGGACAUAUGAUAACCAUACCCAUUUGGGUUCUUGGGAAUUUUGGAAUUAUGAUUUUUCUUCCUCAGCAGCAUUUUCCAAAGGUCUGGGGUGUUCCAUUGGUUCCAUGGCUGCCAUCUUUGUCAAUUGGAUUAAACUUGUUUCUAAUUGGAUCACUUGGUACUGAAGCUUUUGUGAGAUUCGGAAUCUGUACACUGGUGAUGCUUGUGUACUAUCUAUUUUGUGGUCUUCAUGCGACAUAUGACGUUGCACACCAGAGGCAAGAUGUUCCAGGAAACGUACAGGAUGCUAACAAUAAGGGGAAAACAACAGAUGAAGCAGAGAGUGGAGCAGCGGCAGAAAGGAGUUAAAGCUGCAAAAGGUGGAACUUGAAGGAGAUGGGUGCAAUGCAUCAUAAUCACGCGUCUCUCCUUAGUUCAUAGUUCAUAGUAAGAUUGGCAUUGAUACCUAUAUUUUGUGAAGUCUAUUUUUUUUUCUCCUGCAUCCCUUGUCUUGUUUACCAAACUCUAAGUUUAAAUUCAAUUUUUUGUGUA